UUAAUUUUUACUAGUAAUGGCGGCGAUCAGUGACUUAUAGCAGGAAUACGGGACUGUGGUGGGCAUUCUGACACUGAAGGGAACUGACUAGGUGUCACUGACAUCCCCAGUGACACCAAAACAGUGAUCAGUGCUAAAAAAAUGGCACUGGAGAGGAAUGGGUUAACAUGAGGAGUGAUCAAAGGGUUAUCUGUGUGCUGUUUUACUUGUGUCUCUUUCCGUGUGCUUUACUGGAAGCACACUGCUUUGGAUGGCUGUGCUAUGCUUGGCAAUCACUGGGAUUCUGCAAGUAAUCACUGGCUGGGA